UCUGGAGGUCAUUUAAAAAUUAAAAAGUAAGGUUUUUUCUUUUUCUUUUUUUGUUUUUUUAGUUCAUUUUGACAUGAAACAUUCAAACAUGAAACAAAUCUAACUCAGGAGAUGAACCAGCAUUAUUUGGACAUAACAUGCCUCAUAAAAAAGUUAACUGCUAUCUUUUGGCAUUUUGUAUAGCAGUAAAAGUUGUUUUUUUUUCUAAAAUAUAAUACAAAAACAUACAUGGAGUAAGAUGGGUGGGGUGUGGUACAAGUGAUUGAACCGCUGAGAAAAAAAUCUUUGUUGGUGGCAGCUAUUUUUGUGGCCAGGCAGUGUAGCUUGCAAGCAUUUUUGUUUUUAGAUAGGGCUUAAUAACCUUGAAGCUAUUUAUUCUGUGAGGGACUCUACACACAAGGUGGCGCACACGCACUACUUCAAUCUUAACAGUGUGGCUGUCGGGGAAAGGCUCUAAGUAGGGUGUAUUGACUGUUUGUAAAAAUAGGUCUGACCAUGUACGAUGUUUAGACUGGGGAACGUAUCAAAGACGUAAACACCACUGCAUGCAGAUACAACAUUUACACUUCCCUAGCUGUCAUACAUGUCGUGAUUCUUCUCUAGAAUUCAUAUCUAAAAUGUUAAAUGGGAUUUUUUUUUCUCAGUCAUACAGAUACUUGGAAUAAAAAGACUUUCCCUCUUUUAUUUAACAUCUAACAUGUACCCAACUGAAUACAUACAACACCUGAAGACACUGGAAAACAACAGAUAUUCUUCUACUUGCUCAGCCAUCACCAAUCUCUGUUUGAUAUGGAGCAUCUCUAUUUUAUCAUGAUUAUGUAGAAGUUACUGAAUCAGAUUUAACUGACAGUGGCCUAAACUUAGUGCACUAAGUUAGCCACAGUUUUUCAAAGGCCUUCGGUCAGAGAGCAGUCUUUAUCAAAGAGAAGAGCAACAAAUGAUGUGGCCGUCACAGAUCCCUAAACAACCUAAUUUACAGAACUGUGGUAGUUCUCUAUGAUACUUGGAAAAAUGGAUCUUGUGUGCCUUAAGGAAGUUCUUUUUUUUUUUUUUUUUUUGUUUGCAACACUUUUUUUAUUUACAAAUAAAUAUGAAUCAAUUAUGGCAUUAACUGCAUGUUUAGCACAUGAUUUGUUUGCUGCAUACACAACAGUUAGCAGUUUGCUGAUGUGUAAUCCUCAGCAUGUACUGUUAGUUCACUGUGCUGCCCCAGCGUUACAUCCUCCAAAUUGGUUUAGGGCCGUUAUCUCAGGUUCCGGGCUCCAUUAAGACUAAUGGAAGCAUAACCCGCAGGAGCAAGAGCAGCAUCUUUUCUCUGCAUUGAUUCAGUUUGUCCAGACACACACUUGUAGACAUUAAGGGCUCUGAAAAUAAUGGCCUAUAGCUCCUAAUGCAUCUCUGCCUCUUUAGUUUGUAAUGAUGGAUGAGCAAUGUGUGUGUGUUUGUGUGUGUGAAGAAGACAUUAACAAAACUAUUCAUGUGGGUUUGCUGAUGUGAUAAUAAAAGCAGAGUGUAGCAUCCAUCACAUAUAGUCUUUGGGUAAUUAUUGUUUUUGCUUUCCCAUUGUUUAGCCUCUUGUUAAAGAAAAUGUGAUGAUAAAAUACAAAUUUAGUAGCUUAAAAUGUGAUAAAUUAAGGUAAUUGUUAGUUGCUUUCUCUCCAUUAUGGGUCAGAAGAUGACUUGAAAUUGUUCUCUGAGAGAGACUCUUGGUGGGAUGCCAGAUGUUUCAUCUUCUAGGCGCCAGUGUGCAUUCUCAUUUUAUUCAUUUCUCUUGCAUCCUGUCUUUUAACAUAGCAGGGUUCACAUUAAUUACUAAUGCUCCAUAUUUCCAUUUUUUUGUCUACCAGUGCAGAAAAGUCAGAAGCUGGAUUUUAGCUGUUAGAAACUCUCAGCCAUGGUGUUUAUGAGCCGGAACAUGUGUGAAGUAGCUCAUUUACAUCUGAGCCUCUGCAGGAGAGUGAGGGAAAAGAAAACUUCUCUGCAGGGGUCACAACACAUUGUCACUGUGGGUAUCAGGUGUUGUGACACUAAGAGUGUGGUGUUUAGAAAUACAAAUUAUUAUGAAGAUCGGCACACUGACUCUACACACACUUCCAGAGUUUUCUGUAUGUUGCAGCAAGGUCAAUUUACUUGUGAGAGGAAAUAUGAUCUGAGAGGGUGGGGCUGCCCUGUGGAUCAUCACUCACUCAUCUAUGAGUGCCUGUCAUGUUUCUCAUGCGCACCCUCAUCCAGCUCAGUGUGGAUUAUCAGGGCUGCUGUGGCAGCGUUUGAAGACCUCAGCAUAGCCCUUCAGCUGUGCACAGAAGUAUGAAAGGCUCCUGGCUCUCUGGCUCCCUCAAGCAGUUAAGGUAGCUCCUAUAUUUACCAAGCAUGCCAGUAUUGAAAUCCAAAAUGGAAACUGACAGAGGCUGCGAAGCAGAGGCGGGCUAAGUAUGCCAGAGGACGACUUGUAAACUAUUUAAUGUUAUGUGAGAAAGAUAGCCUUUGGAAACGUGAGCUGGCUGAUGCAACACAAUAUCAAACCACUUGUCAGGAGGUAUUAAAGUUGUCCUCUGUUGGGACACUUUCACUAUGGGAAUCCAAGAAAUGAAAGCCAUCUCACUGCACUGACAUGCUGUUGCAGCAGCACCAGCAGUGCAGAAACAUACCAAUUUCCUUUUUUCAACACAAAUGACUGAUGAGAAACUAGGCUUCUUCUUUCACUCCCCCACCCCCCACCCACCUCGCUCAAUCACUCACAGGAGGAGCUUGGUACGAGGGGUCAUCUUGUUAAUCAUUUUUCACUUCAUCGUUUGCGGGGGAUUGUUUAACUUCCACCUGGAAUCAGUAAAUCUGACUUUGUGGGCCACAUAUUUUGCUGCUUUUGUUUCUUUGUCUUGAAGACUCAAGUGAUGCAGUUUUGUGUUUAAGAGACGUCCCAUAAACUUUAAAGUCAUCUUUAGCAGGCCAAUAUGAAAUGGGAGAAGUUAAAGCCUCCAGAGCCAGAUGACCCUAUGUGUUGCUGUGAAUGUGAUAUCUAUCAGUACAGAUGUUGCUGUGACUGUGAAGAUCUGGAUGACGCCUUCAACAGGUGGCUGAAAGACAAACCACCUACCAGUGGAUUUCAGUCUCCUGUUUUUGGAGCUGUGAUCGACAACCUGGAGAUCUCCAUGGUCCCAGCUCUGCUGCUGCUGCCCCUGCUGCUGAGGGUAGCAGCGCUGCACUACCUGCUGGGCAUCAUCAUCCUGACAGCUCUACCCGGCCUGGUGCUGUGGUACUACUACGCUACACACCGAAAGAAGAGACGCACCCUCUUCUUCCUCACACUUGCUCUAUACUCUCUGGCCUACAUGUAUUACCUGUUCAUCACAGAGAUUUUACCUCGUGGGAAUGUCAGCCAGCUGCAGGUGUGUGCUGUGACCACUGGGAUGAUUCUGACUAUAGUUUGUCUCAUUCACACUAAGAGAGGGCCAGGAUUUGUGACUGCUUCUCUAUAUGAAGCAAACUGCCACAGCAUGGAGGCUAAAGAUGACUCUAAACACCUUGAUGGAGCUGUCCAAUCAGAAGCUUCUUCCUCAGUGACCUUAGCAGAGAUGUUGACAACAAAACAGAUUCUCACAACUAAAUGGAGCAUGUGUCCUGUGUGCAAAAUAAUGCGACCCCCCCGGGCUGGACACUGCAGAACCUGUGGAUCAUGUGUGGAGCGUCUGGACCACCACUGUAUCUGGAUAAACAGCUGUGUUGGACAAGCCAAUCACCGCAGCUUUCUGCUGACCCUCUGUGUGUUCGUGUUAACCUCUGUGUACGGGAUCAGUUUGGUGCUUCGCAGCCUCUGCCCUCGACAGUAUCUGAUGACAGCUCUGUUCUACUGCCCUGGUGUCUAUAAUCAGUCAAGCACAGCACUUUGUUUCACCUGCUGUUGGUACAGCAGCAUUGUCACAGCUGGGCUGCUUUACCUGCUGGUGAAGCAGGUUCUGAACAUCAGUUUCAACGUGACAGAGCGGGAAGCUCAGCUGGCCCUAAGGAACAACAAGGGCCAGAGCCGCCUGCAGGGAUUCGUCAUCGACACAGGACAGUAUUCACGUGGCUUCUAUCAGAACUGGGUUGAGUUCCUCACCAUGGCAGAUGCCUCGGCGUCUCUUCGCUCCAGCCUCACUGACUUGGUUUAGUUUUACUUUUAUACUUCCAUUACCAUGACAACAGACUGUUAAUCCUGCAUAUAAAGGUGUUUGGGGGGAGAGUACUCAUUGAUUCAUAUUUUGGAGUUCGGGGUUUUAUAUAUAUAUAUAUAUAUAUAUAUAUA